AUGGCCUUCAAAAGCAAAAGCGUCAAGCGUUUCAGCGUUCGCAAUUUCCUCGCAACGAUCCAGCACGCAUUCAUGUCAUCCCCAACCGACCUCCCUGGGGUGUUCACCCAGGGUGAGACUCGGACCCCGGUAGGAGAUUGGCACUCAGUACUCAUGACCAGCGAGCUUUCCUCGCAAUGCGAUCUCGAACGCAUGGUCUUCUGCAAGUGCACCAAAGACGUGCAACACGAAUUCAUUCUCCUCCAUUUCCGUCAUCCGGUGCAACGUCACGCCGUUGCCGUCCUGCCUUGCCUGCCCCAAUUUGGGUCCAUUCAACUACUAGGUCCCAGCUUGUGGGACCGAGAAGCCGCUUCGGGACUGACUGCGCUUCAUACCAAAGUUCGAACAUCCAGAUCGGAUGGGAUAACACCAGGGUGGUGGGGCCUGGGAAUGCCUGAUUUUGGUGUCUCCCGGACGUCCAAGGCUUUGGAUGUAUUCGCCCAGCAUCCAACGAUCGAGGGAAGGAGGGAUGAGGUUUUAAUACUCGCGUCCGGGGAGAAAGUCAUACCAGCUCCCAUGGAGACUGUCAUCGGCAGCAACCCCUUUGAUGUGAACGGUGUCGUCAUAAUCGGUCGUGGACGUAGCCGAGUUGGUGUCCUCGUAGAACCGCGACCUGGACAUGAAAUCGACGAUAGAGGAAGUGAACGAGACGGCCCUGCCCUUGGCAGAAUCUUCGAGGAAAUGGUUCUUCUGACACAUAGGGAGAAGCACAUGCCUCGGGCUGGACAAGGCGCCAUCACCAAGAAAGCCGUUAGCAAACUGCACGAAGAGAUCGAUGGUCUUUUAGCAGUCGACGUUGAUGGGUAUCAAACGCCACAAGGUGGAGGGAGCAAAAUGGGCAAUGGCUUUUUUACUCAGUGCUUCGACAGUCUCUCUGCAACAUUCGUCAGGAACCGAAUCAUCUCCUCCUUCAGGUCGCCACCAGGUUGCGAUGUCCAGGCAUCAGCACCGCCAGUUGACCAAAAUAUCGUACUUUUUAAGUCCUUAGAAGCGGAUCCCCCUGGUGCUGACCUGGAUUUGGAUGCGAAGUUGUAUCAGAAGCCGUGUUUCACACUCACGUCUUCUGUCUCCACUCUCCAAAGCUGGGACAAAGCGAAAGGGCCUUUCCCAGAAGAAGUACAGUACGACUCGGGCGUUGCAGAAGGCCUUGGCUAUGGUGGGAGCAAAUAUGUUUGUGAUCACACCGGGAUUAGUGGACCAAGCUCUCCUGCGUCUUCCGUGCUUUCCAGGAUGCUGGAUCUGCACUUGAGGAGCCGAAACUGGUCAGUGGACGUGUCGGCAUCGAGUGGUGGAACGAGUGGCUCGGAGAAGGGUGCCGGAGUUCCAGGUAGUGGUGGCAUGCUCGCAGGAGAGAUUGCUUUGGUUGUAUCAUUUUCGUCCGAUGAUCGCGGAGGCGAGGUUUCGCGUAGGAAAGUUGUUACAGGGUCUUGUGGAUGCUUCUGGAAACGUGUGUGGUUUACAUGGCUUGAAGCAGAUGCAUGUAUCCCGAUUGUUAUAAGAAUGCGACCAAUUUACUUGGUCUGGGAAGGUUGCGAACUCUUCCAAUACUUACCUUCGUGCUCUUCUGAAGAUCUUUGCGUUACCACCACAAGAGUAGUCCGGAGCACCUUGUGCUCACUGCUAAGGAAAGCGCUUGCGGAAAGCAUUCUUUUCCAAGAAGACCCGGACGAGGUGGACCAGUGGUUCGAUUCCCUCCCAACAACCUCGCGUUCACCUGCACCCCAGCGGCCGCAUGCUCCUGAAAUCCGCCCUCAACCUGAUACUGCGGCCUCUCCUACACAGAGGAGAUUGAGACCACUUCCGUUGCCUCCAGGUGCUUCUGUAGGUCCUCAGCCUCAUGAACAACAACCUGCAGUUGCAACUGCUUCACGCCCUGGGACGGCUGGAGUCGACGGGCGUCGUCAGCUUCCUCAGGCACCUACUGUGCCACCCAAUGGCUAUAAUGGCAAUCACCCAUCCAUAAGCUCUGCAACAUCCCCAACCUCAUCCGCAAGUAAACCAGUCCUCGCCGGCUCUCAUGCUGACGGGUUGCUAAAUACACAUAAAGCAGUCCCUGCUGCUCCCUCGCACACCAACGGAGCACCUGCUAAUGGUGUGGAUGCGUACCGUUUGCAAUCAUCAGAUAGCAGCAUUGAUGUGCGAGGCUACGGCGUCACCGUCGUACCAAAGCCAUCCCCUCGACCUCCUGGUGCUUCGCCCCCCAACACUCCGGGUCACAGCAAUAUGUAUGAUGACUUCGACCAUGGUCCAGACGAUACGAGGAACCGCCCAUCUCAUCGCCAUCAACAAUCUUCGGAACAAUUUCGUCCUGCGGAUGCCUAUCCACAGCCUCAUGCCCGAAAGCAUUCAAACGAUGGCAUCAAUGGUCCUGCACCGUCUGCUCGGGUAAUUGAUUUACGUCAUCGCCCUUCGUCAUCAUCCGACUAUAUCCCUAAUUAUCAUCCAGAUACUGACCCAAAACUUGGCCAUGCAAGUUCUAUAGGCUCCACCGCGUCUUCGUUAGCAGCAGACUCCCUGGGUCGCAACGUCUCAGUGACGACGACAGCCACUAGCUACACUGAUACAUUGAAUGACGGUUUAACUUCCAAAGUUGGGCCAAUAAUGCUCAGCAGGGAAGGGUCCUACAGUUUCUGGCAGUGGCGGUUUCCAAGGUGGAAGCAUGGACUCGUUCGUGCCCGUCCGAGCGUGUACAGCGGUACACCUGGUCCACCGCUUGGAGACCAGGAAGAAGAAUAUGAUGACGAUUACUUUGACUCCGAGAGCGAUGAUCCAGAUCCAGAUAGGUUUGUUAACUUCAGCUUGCUAUCGCACUUGGCCGUCCGCUUGCGCGACAAGGUCCCUUGCGGUACCCACGUGAACAGCAGCAUUCCUUACCCUCGUGCGUUCACGGGCAAGGGCAUCGUCUCUACCAUCCAAAGCCAAAUCCAAUGCGAGUUGCUGAUCAACCAUGGAGUUCCGACCACCGAUCGUCGUGCUGCCCUCCAGGUCGCUCGGAGUCUACAGCAGCAAUUAUUUUUCUAUGAAGUUGAGUGGGGUCAGAAGUUGCUGCAAGAUGGUGUCGAGGACGUGUAUACGUUCUUGGACGACCUUGGGGGCAAUUCCGAUGCUCACCGAGAGAGGGAAGAGCUGCCAACAGCCGUCAUCACUUCACUCACUCGAUGCUAUGCGUCGGGUUGUAGUGAGGAUGACCCAUUUUAUUCGUUUGCUUGUCCACGUCGACAACCAGGUCAAAUUGUUGAUUUGGGUCCGGUAUCCGAGCCGGAAGUACACCACCAAACUGAAGACUGGUCAAGUACGGUUGAUCCCGGCAUCCUUCACACUCUUCCAGAAAGUGAAGUUCAUCGUCAAACCAUCAUCUACAAAACUAUCACUCAGGAAGAGCAAUACGUCCAAGACCUGGAUGCCCACGCAUACUACCUUGCGGAAGCCAUCGAAGCCAUCAGGAAUCUUCAGAACGUUGCACAGCUCCGGACGUUCCAGACUGCGAUGGGCAAAGGCGAGAUGGCAUACGUCAGGGAUCUCGAAAACAUCGAAUCAAUUUACGUCCAGGCCCUGCGAGACGUGGAUCCUCCAGUCAUUGCUCGUGACAAGCUGAAUGGUUUUAUCGCCGACGUCUUCCACAACUUUUCUGAGCUUCACUCGCAUCAUCGGAAGUUGCUCGACCAACUGCAUGAUAUACAACGCGAGGAGCAUCCGGUGAUCAAGAGUAUUACAGCACCUAUGUUUGACGCUGCUCUGAACUUCAGGGAUGCAUACAUGGAGUACAUCCCCAACUACCCUAUCGCUGCGUAUCGCAUUGAUGACGAGAUGGCCAACAACAUCGAUUUCAAGACGUUUUUUGACGCAUUGUAUACGGCAUCCGGAUGCCCACCGCCUAGACACGAAAAGUUUCAUCAACCGUCCUAUCCCUCGAUUGUUGCGGACAUGGACCUUCUGAAUGAAAACCGCUCUCUUAUUCACGCUGGCAAGCUGCUGCGACAGCUCGACACCGGCUUCGAAUGGAACGGAUGGACUGAGCUUUUCGUCUUGCUGUUUGACAAUUACUUGGUCAUGACCAAGACCAAAGAAAAAGACGGCCUCACGAAAUAUAACGUUAACCGGAGACCCAUACCGCUCGACCUUCUUACUCUAGCCAGCUUCACAGAUCCCCCAACACAGCGCAGCACAAGCAUUCUGCGUCUCGGCCUCGGUGGAGGAAACAGACACGUGGAAGGCAGACCCUCUCCAGGUGGCGGUACUUCCGACACUGCUAACGAUUCACGUCUUGUAUAUCCUUGCACCAUUCACUACAAUGGCAGGCUUGGUGGUUUGUAUACCCUCUUUAAGGAGUCUCAGCAAGCGCGAGCGGAGUGGAAACAGAAACUGGACGAGGCCAUCGGCUUGCUCAAGGUUGUUCAAGAGUCAAACAAAGUCUUUGAGCUGGAGCCACUCAGUACAGACACCUUCCUCGUGCCGUCCAUAUCUUCAGCUGCUGUACCAUCUUGGAACCACGAGAACUCCCUCACUGGCAAGGUUACUUGCUCUGUUCCGUUUACUACCGCUGAUGGUCGAGCAUUGGUGGCUAUUGGUUGUGCCGAAGCUAUGCGCCGGGUAUUGCAUCUAAAGAUGGUGACACAGUGUGCAAUGCUUGAAGACUUCGGAAUGUUCCUCGUACUUGCAGAUCUGCUUAGUAAUCACCUCCAGGAGAUGCUAAACUGCAUACAGGCUCUCUUUGCAUACCACAUUGAGGCUCUCGUUCCAUCGUCACCCCAGAGUGCUCAUACAUCUCAGACACCACAGAGGGUUAAUGGGACCAGAGAUGUUCACUUCUUUAGCGUCGGCAACCAAGGCGGACGAACGCUAGUCAUAUACAUGAAGAAGAAAGGGCUCGACAGCGCACACCACCAGCGCCUAUUCAAGUCUUUGCCUUUUGCACGUUGGCACUCAUCAUCAGCACUCAUCUGGGCAGCCAUCUUCGCCCUGAAGACUCUCCGCGUACUCAGCGUUGCGGUCUCUUUACGCCUCGCUUUUUAG